GGAUUGAAAUCAAAACAGAAACAAAGGCCGAAAGGCAAUCGCGGGCUGGUUAGGCCGUCGUUUUCUUUGUAAAUUAUACGCAAAUAAUUCGAAAACAAUAAUCGAAAGUGACAAAUUUAUCGAAAAUUUUACUAUUGAGUGCUGUGUGUUGCGAUUGACGCGAAAAUGUCGGCACGUAAGCUGAAUACUCUUGAAGAUUUGAGCGAAUCGUGGGUGGAGCUGAACUCUGGCCUGGCAGAGAACGAGUACAUGAGACUGCUGCGCGAAGCACAGAGGGAGAGCAGAGACUCCUCAGUGAGGCACUCCCGUGCCUCCAGCCUCAAAGGCAGCCCGAAGUCCCCUCCCAACAGUCCGAACCUCGAACCGUCCACUGAAGAUGAGCUGAAGGGAGUCUACAUUAACUGUUGGAAGGAUGACUCCAAUGACUGGGUGUGGGAGUGGAGCAGUCGCCCCGACCAGCUGCCUCCCAAAGACUGGCGCUUCAGACACCCGCUGGGCGCGCGCGGGCCGCCGUCGGCCGCGUCCUCCAUCGAGGUGCUGGAGCUCGCCGCGCCGCUCGCGCAACAAAGCGGCGGCCGCGCGCGCGCGCUGAGCCGCGGUGCGCUGUGCGCCGCGCUGCUCUCCAACCUGCUGUCGCUCGCGCUCGGCGUCGGGCUCGGCGUGUGGCUGAGCCGGAGAGGCGUGCUGCCGCCGCGACUGAUCAUCCUCAACUAGAUACCACCAGCUGACACUACUCCACAACAUGGCCGCAGAAAGUUUAACACUAUUAUACAGGGUGAUGUAACACCUAUAUAUAUAUACAUACGAAGUGAUAAGACACGGUGACUUGGUUACAUUCUGUAUGAGGAGUUUCAGGUUUAUAUUAACACUUUUAAAAAAUAUUUAAGGUUUUGAAAGAUGAAAAAAAUGUUUAUUUGGUACACCGAUAAAGAUUUAAAAUAACAUUAGUUAUGCAUAGUUACAGUCUGUCCAGAAAGUGAGGAAAACGGAUUCAAAAUUCUUUAUUCAAUUCAGGAUGAUAUACAUCACUUAUUGACGUCAAAAAAUUAAACUUAAACUAAGUCCACUGCCGGCUUCCAAAGCGCAGGUGAAGAAGAAGCGGCGCGACAAACUUCACCGCUGCCUUUUUUCCAAGGACGUCAAUUAACAAAUAUAGGUCUUAUACAUAUACUAAAAAUUAUGAGGACGAAUUCACAUCAUUUGUAAAAAUGACAAAAUUUGAAUGAAAAAUAAAAAAAUAAUGUUCCAAUAAAAUUAUUGAAAAUUGUCACACAAAAAAAAAAAAUAAAAAGCUUAAUUUACAUUUUUUGAGGAAGUAAAUUUUUUCGCCAUUGCAACACCGUAUAUAAUGGUCAGGAUUGGUUGAUGGACGCCAGUGUUGCCCGUCGACAGGAGACAGCGCCGUCGCUUUUAUUUCUUCACUUACUGGACAGACUGUAUUUGCAUUCCGUUAAUCUUAUCAUUUCGUGUAUAUAGGCUUUGUAACCACUUGUAUAUGGUAUAUAGUCCACUGGAAACCUGAACUGUAUAGUUUAGGUAUGACACCCAGGUGAAGAACUUUGGUGAAGCACGGGUCCGGACUCGACUUGUGGCGCCUUCAAUUGAAGACAUUUUAUACAGUCAAUAUUUCCAAACUAUCAUUAUAUGUAUAUAUUAUAUAUAAAGUAUGUUUUAAACUAUAGGUUUAAAAUAUAAUCUAUUUAACCAGACAAAUAAUUUGCGUGAAAGUUUAAUUCUUGCUAUGAAAUGUUAUUCAGUAUUUUGUUACCAAUUAAAAACUGUUAGCUAUCCGAUAUAUUACAAUAGAGGGCGUUACUAAGUUGAAAGCUUACUUGUAUGUGGACCGUAUGCAUGUCUGCCAACUGAAAUAUGGACUGUCGUAAAGAUAUACGAAUCGGUGACGUGAUUUUGCUGGUUUCUCAGUGCGAGGUGUAGUUAAUAUUAAUGUUGAGGCGUUUAUCACUAUACUGGCUUGUGAGGGCGACGUUUCAAGUAAAAUUGCUUAUAAUUCGAAAGAUUUCACACUAACUAUAAUAAUUAUGAUAUUUUUCACAAAAGUUUUAAUGUUCCUCAGUUUAAACCAUAUGGAUUUUUAUUCUAAUUAAGAAAAUGCAUUACAUUUCAAUAAGAAAUACAAGCAGAGUCGCGGUCAAAAGCUAAUAUACUAAUAUCGCUUCGAAGCCCGACUGUCUCUUUGGAUAGAUAAAGAAAGAAAACUGAAAAAAAAAACAAUGUAUUGUUUAGUCUAUGCCAUUUUUGUAUUUUUCAAUACAUCUCUUAGACUUUUGGUCAUUUUGUGCGAAUCGUCAAUGAUUUUGUGUUGUAUGGAAAGUUACGAGCACACAAAAGGUUUAUAAUUUGUUUUUUUUUCCAUAAAAUUUGAUAUGGCAAAAAGUACAUAUUUAUAUUAAUAUAUAGUGAUUUGAUGUUGUGACUGGGAGAGGCCAUGUGCUCAAACAUUUGAGUUUUACAAGUCGCAAAGUUGGCCAAAACUUCAUGCUAUGAUAAAUUAUAGCUAUCUCUGUGUUGCUGUGAAAACGAAAGGGUACGCUAUAGGUUUCAAUGUAUGGGCCGCUGUAGAGUGCGGCGGCUGUGAUGUACAAUGUACAUCACACAGUACACAAUGUUUAUUGAAAUGUUUAAGUUGUAACGCUUUAAAAUCAUUGAAGGUUCGCAAAAACCCUAUACAUAUUUUUCUAUGAAAGGACUAGUCUUAAGAAUAUUAUAAAAAUACAUUUUAAAUUUUGUUUGUUUUGUAACUGUCAUAAAUAUAACACAGGAAAAUAUUCACACGGUAUAUGAACGAUAUUUUGGUGUUAGACUACCGCGGAAACAGUCUAGCAAACAUCUUAGAGAAAUUAAUGUGAUUUUAUUAAAAAUAUCUUUCAAAAAUACUUAAUUAUUAUUUCUAUGUUAUAUUCUCGACAUGUGGAAGUAGUUUGUUUAUCUCUCGGAGUUAGGUAACACUGAACAUAAUUUGAUGUUUAAGCUCAUAUCUCUGUAAAUUUAAGUUUUGUCCACUUUUUCUUAUAAAGUUUAACGAUAAAUCGACCGUUAUUAUGACUAUUUCUCAAUAUAAUAAAACUUUUAAUAUUGGAUAUUAUAACCGAAACAAAAUUUUACAUUUUUCCAAAAGUAGCUUGACUUUUCUAGAAAAAAAAUAUAUAAAAAAAAACAGCUUGGUGAUUUUCUGAAACGGAAAAUGUGGACAGAUUAUAUAUUUAAAAAAGCGAUUCAGCUGUGAUUGUGAAAACGGGGGAAUAUUUUAUUUAUGGGAAAAGCGCGCCAUUUUUUAGAAAAUACUAGAAAAUUACUCAAUGGAUUCGUUGUUUACAUAUUUAUAUUUGGAAUGAUUGAUUAGGAAUAUGUGAAUUUAAUUUUAAAAUUGCCUUUCGGAUUCCCUUUCAAUUGAUUUUAUAAAACAAGUGUACUGGCAAAUACAUUUUAUUCACUUUAUAUAUCCCUAAUCAAUCAUAAGUAAUACCUGAAAAGGGAAUUAUUUUUAAGUUAAAAUGCAUAGUAGAGAGUUUGGAUCGCUAGAUUGUUUAUUCGAUUAAUAUUAUGACAGUAAAUUAGAAAUAUAUCAUUUACGGGUGGACCAAGACUUAACGCAGAUAACAUUGUGGAGGGUGAAAUUAGUCAUAAACUAGUAAUUACUACUGAACUUAUAAAUUUAUUUAUUUAUUAAUAAAUAAAAAUAUUUGAAAGGACUUUUUCGGCCACGGCUGUAUGUAGUUCAGACCACUGUUGUUUUUAUUUUAUUUAAUCUGCAAAGUCUGUUCUUUUUUUUUAAACUUAAAUAUUUUUUUUUACAAAUGGCCAGUUUAGUGUUUUAUGUGCAUAGGUUUUUUUCGGUUUUUGAAUUGAGUUGUGAUCUCAUUUACUGUCAGGAAUAUAGGUAACGCGAAAUUUUUGUAAAUACAUACAUGUUACACGUGUCAUUUUAAUCACUAAUGUAAGUGCUUAAAAUAUAAGGAUAUAUGCAUUUUUAUUA